AUGGUACAUUUAACAGUAUCUGUUGUUGAGCUCUGCGAAGAUUGGGAUAUAGUGGAUGAUGCUUUAUUAAUCAGAAUAAAGGAAAAUAGUCAAAAAAGCAACGAAAAUAUAACAACAAUUGCUGAUAUAAAUAUGAGCAAGAAAUGUGAAGCUUUCAUUAUCGACAACGGACCUACUGAGUUUCUCGAUCAGGCGGUACCGACAACAGUUAUGAAUAAAUGUGUUCCGAUAGAAUGUACGAGUAAUCCAGUUAUAGAUAUACUAGCUUCAACAGCUAUGGAUCAUCCUAAAUCACCAACAAACUUCAAAGUAAGUAUUGGUCGUAUGAAAAAAUCUACAGCAGUACAAUGUGACAGACGCACAACCUCAUCAAAAGAUAAGAGAAAAAGCAAAUUCGUUGAAUUGCUAAAUCAUGGAGAAAAAAGUCAAGAUGGUGCAAAAAGUGCAAGUGAAAAAGGGAUCACGCUGUUGGAACAAAUUAUUCGCACGCAUCCCAUUUGGUAUUUGCAGCAUAUCGGCCGUUCCGCUGCUACCCAUUUGCUUCGCCCAAUGAAUGAAGGGGCUUUUAUUGUGCGGUCAUCAUCAAAACCUAAUUCAAUGGCAUUAAGUAUUCGUUCACCUCCUGGUUUAGCAUCCGAUAUUGAUCAUUAUCUAAUCGAAUCAUCCGGUUCGGAUAAAAGUGUACGUGUAGAAUCGUCGCCAUACUAUUUUAAAUCACUUCCUUUAUUAAUUGAACAUUAUUGUUUGAACGGUGAAGAACUUCAGACUAAUCUUGUCUUACCGGUUGCAAUUACACGCUGCUGUACGAGCAUGCAGUUACAGAGUCUGGCACUGAUGGGUCAAGAUUUUUGGACGAGUGAUAUAGCACAAGAAAGUAGUGGUUCAUCGCAGAAGCAUUCGGAUUUAGAAUCGUCGAGUGUUCGUUACUCUUCGAAGAGGCGUUCAAGUUUUACAAAACAUUAUGUGUCAAACGCAACGAGUGGUAGUUCCGUUUCCAAGCGCGCCAAUGAAAAACGUGUUAACAGUGUAAUUAAUGCUUGCAUGGGUAAAGGAACAUAUAUUUUGCAUAUGACAUCACUCCAGAAUAACUCAGGGAUUGGUGAUGUAUCGACGCAGACUAUUUCUGGUCGACGAUCAUUACUAAGGCAUAUAUUUCGCUCAGAAAGCUCGUCAAAUGCGAUAAGUGGUAGCGAUAAUGGUACUAGUAACGGCAAUGGUGAAAGGGAUGCUGAAACAAAACCUGUAAUGAUAAACUUGGCUCAGUGUCGUGCUUUCACUCCUUUGAAAGAGCAGAAAAUCACUUCAAGUCAGUCAGCUUUGGCACUUUCAUCGACGUCAUCACUGUCAACGCAGCAUGAUGCUAAUUCUUUACAGUCGUACAUCGCCGAUCAAUCUGCUGAUUGCUUAAUUUUGGAACGAAAUCAACAUGCAGUCCCCUCCCUUCGUACCUUCAAACCAGGUCGUUCUGCCAAUGGUGUUGUUACUCAGGAAGAGGUACAAAAAUUAAACGGCUCAAAUUCACAUUUCAGAGUAAAUCCAAAACCGGCUGUAAAACCGAAACCACUAGCACUAAGGCGCGAGCGGAGUGAUUUGACGGCUGGAUAUGUACCACGUAACGCCGAUUACUAUAAAGAAUAUAAUGCCGCUGCUGGUAGUGAUGUUGGUGUUCGAUGUACUUUGAUGUCGCCAUCUACAUGUCCUGAUGGAAAUACCUUGUGUAAAUGUUUGGAGGAAUUGAAAAGGAAAAGACAAGAAGCAACAGUCGCAGUUUCUGAAACAAACUCCAGAUCUGGUCAUCAACAACACUCUCAGCGAAAUCACUACAAGGAAAGAAAUGAAACUGAUUUUGGUAAUAUUAACGUGGUUUUAAGGACACGCUCCAGUGAAAGUUUUCGAACUGAGCAGCGUCGUCUGUCGGUUCCUGAUUUGGCAGAUUUGGCCCAUACUUCAUUAACAAAUGGUGUUACCGGAGUUUUAGCCACUGCGAAAGCAUUAACUUCCAAGCUUGGUCGAAAUCCAAGAACUGGAGAAUUACAGACAAUAAAUGAAGGAUUAGUUACACCAGUAAUACGACGCAAACAGUACAUCAAAGAUAUACAUGGAAAUAAUUCAACAAACGAUUGGCGUACUGGGAGUUUGCUCCAAAAACCAUCAUUGACUCAUAAAGAGCUAGCGAAACAAGCUGAGCAGGAAGAUAUAAGACAUGACGGCCGCGACGGCGCAAUUGAGUGGUGUCCAUUACGAAAUGAAAUUCGAGUGUUUGAUCGCAGAGAAGAAUUGUUACUCCAGCACGAAGUACAUGUUUUGAGGUUUCACAGCGAGAGACACUCCAGAGAACGAGUUUUUGCACCUACUAGUAGCAACACUGAUUCAUUAUCAUCGACUUCUAUUCAGACUAAUACAUGGAGUCCGUCCGUUGCUAAACGAGGGUCUUCCUUUGUUUACAAUGUUUCUUCACCAUCUAUUGGCAACACAACUAAUGAGCGUUUUACUUGUACUGGAAGUAAUUUUGCUAAAGAACAAACGGCUGUUUGGUCAGCUGUGAAUAGUGAAUUGAAAAGUCGUCAAAAAAUUGCAAAGGUCCGACCAACUCCACAAAUACCUUUGUUAAAGAAAAGUUUAACUGCGGUGGUGGUUGGAAGUUCGUUGCAGAAUAAACUGCCUCUUCGUGGAAUGACUACUGGAAAUGGCAAUCAAGGUUCUGUUCAUUUACGACAAAAUUUCGACGGCACAUCUAUUUAUAGUGAUAAUAAUUGCGGAAAGUUAACAUCUGAAUAUGCUCAUUUACCCGAAUCCGCUGAUACAUUAUUAAAAUCAGAUUUAAUUGUGAAAACGAGGACUUCAAGUCAAGAUCAAAAUGGAAAAGAUGAUGAUAAUGUUAGUGUCGCUGGUACAGUCUUCAACGAACCGUGGGAUUCUAAUGUUUGGGAAAAUUUGUUAGAUUUGGCACAUUAUGGAGAUGAGAAACCAUCCACUCUUACACGGCACAUCGACACGAAUCAAACUGUCUUUGGCGGAGCGAUUGCUGAAGAAGUCGAUGAUGAGGUGAUUUGUUCUCUGGAAAUGAGUUAUAAUGGUGAAGAGGAAAGAAGUUUUCAAAAAUUACAGUCUAUCACUAGUAUAGAUGAUAGUCGAAAUAAUGCCGACUACGGUGUAGUGAUUCGGAGGUUCGAUAAUCAUCACCUAAAUAAUAAUGCAGAGUCAGAUGGUCGACGUAAUGGUAUUAUAAACAUUAAUGCUUAUUUGAAAAGUGAAGAUAAUUUGGAUAAGCAGCAACAACUGGAAACAAUAUGUAAGUCAGUCACAAGUGGUAGCGGAGAUCCGGAAGCAUCAAAUUCAUUUAUGAACAUAAGUAAUGCUGGAGAAAUGUCUGACGGAACAGCUACCAUGGAUAGUCAUAAGUCAACAAACACACAUUCACUGCCGCGUAUCCUUCCACGAUAUUCAAAGCUUGAUGAUUCGUGGCUUGAGUCUCUGGACGACAUACCAACAAGCAUUCGCGCACUAUCACCCAUUAUUUCACCUCCAAGGUUGAAAAAUAGUUUGAGUACAGACCCGGGUACAAAAAUUCAGGAAUACGUUGAAAGGCUAUCACAGGAGGAAAACACAGUGUUCGGCGCUACUCUGCGACGCUUUAUUGAAUGUACAUUUGAAGCAGAAGAGUGCGAUCCACAAGUGGUAAUUCGAAAUGUGCGACAGUUUUUAAAUGGUUUAAAGAAUUAUCUGGUGAAGCAUGGAGAAGGCGAACUUCAUGAUUUAAUCGAAAAAGAACGCGCGCGAUUGAAUGCUAACGAGUUUUUGAAUAUUGAUGCAAUUUUAGAAGCCAUUUUGCACAAAAUUGUCCUUUGCCCUGUAAAACCGCAUCUUUAUCACUUGAUGAUACGCGAAUAUUCAAAAAAUGGUUGGCUUCAAGCACUUUCUGAAAAUCUUACCUAUGUCCGAACUUUGUCGCCAGAGCAGUUAGGCUUUGGAGUCCGUUGUAAAUUCAUACCUCCUACAACUCAGAAAAUGGAAACAAUUAAAAUUUGCUUGCGAAAAAUGCAACAUCAUUAUUCACCGCUGAAGAAACUAGAAAACUUACUGCGAGUGAUAUUUUUGGCAAUUGGCAGGCAGCAGUCGUGCGACAAUCCAAGCGGUGGUGAUAUGGAAAAUUACGACCCGAUUAGUAUUGAAAGCAGCAAGAUUAAAGUCUUACCUCCUGCUGAUGAAUUGGUGCGAUGGUUAGUGUAUCUGUUAGCACGUACAUCUACGGUCGGUUGUGAAGUUGAAGCGUGGUAUAUGUGGGAGCUGCUCCCAAAACAAUUGCUGACUACUGGUGAUUCCAGUUACUACCUCAUUACUCUUUUUUCCGCCAUUGAUGUAUUGAAAAAUACUGAAAGCAUUCGAAAGUUAGGUCAAGUGGAUGAUUCUUCAAUAACGGAAGAUGGAUCAUACUGUUCUUCACUAGGCAGUGUUAGUCCAGUGCUUUCAUCAUCGUCAGAUGCUUUUGUAAAGGUAGCCGUGCCGGAUGAACUGGAUGGUUCUAUCAGAUACCACACAUUUCCUGGUGUACCACAAAUGACAGCUGGAAAGCUAUGUCGCGUUCUUGCACAUCAAUUUGGCAUUACAAAUCCUGAAGAUCAUGGACUAUAUCUGCUAGUUGAUGGUUACGAAACAUGUCUUUUGGCAAAUGAAUGUCCUGAUUUAAUUCGCCAUCAGUUGAAGCAGGCACAUAAGGCGCAUUUAUUUGCUUAUAAACGGCAUGAAGCGAAAAUAGCUUGGCCUAAAUUUGCAGUGUCUUCUCUUUCCUGA